CAGGAGAGCCGCUGUCAAUGUUAUUACGGCUACGCCAAUCAUUCUGAUUGACCUUAGCCAACCUUAGUCGUCUGGAGUAGAAGAGUCCGAUCGCUUUCUUCACUAUUAUCUGGAAGCUGUACCGUUCUGCGUCUUAUCUAUACGAGCAUUUCUGAAACAUGAGCGAUCCAAUAAAUGUGGUGGUUACGGGAGCAGCAGGGCAAAUUGCCUAUUCUCUACUGUACCAACUUGCUGCUGGUUCAGUUUUUGGUCCAAAUCAACCAGUCAAUCUUCGUUUGCUAGAUAUUCCGGUCAUGAUGAAAGUAUUGGAUGGGGUGGUCAUGGAAUUGGAAGAUUUGGCUCUUCCUCUUUUGAGGGAAAUUGUGCCAACUGCUGAUCCAGUUGUAGCUUUUAAAGAUGUUGCUGCUGCUUUUCUUGUUGGAGCUAUGCCUCGAAAAGAAGGAAUGGAACGAAAAGAUUUAUUAGCAGCUAAUGUGGAAAUUUUUAAAGUCCAAGGAGAAGCUUUGGACAAGUAUGCUCGAAAAGACGUUAAGGUCUUAGUUGUUGGGAACCCUGCCAACACAAAUGCUUUGAUUUGCUCUCAUUAUGCACCAUCUAUUCCAAAACAAAACUUUACUGCCAUGACUAGAUUAGAUCAAAAUCGUGCUCAAGCAGCUUUAGCGGCUCGAUUGAACGUGCAGGUUGACAAAGUAAAGAAUGUAAUCAUCUGGGGUAACCACAGUUCAACUCAAUAUCCUGAUGCAUCGCACGCUACCGUGGCCCUUCCAUCCGGUACCAAACCGGUACCUGCAGUGGUAAACGAUGAAAGCUGGUUGAAUAAUAAGUUUGUAGAAACAAUUCAAAAACGCGGUGCUGCUGUGAUAUCGGCAAGAAAAAUGUCAUCUGCGAUGUCAGCUGCUAAAGCAGCUGGAGAUCACAUGAGAGAUUGGUGGAUGGGUACCAAACCUGGAGAAUGGGUUAGCAUGGGUGUUUUAUCCGAUGGUAGCUAUGGAAUUCCCAAGGAUAUCGUGUUCUCUUUUCCAGUUACUACACAAAAUGGACAAUACAAGAUCGUUCAAGGACUUUCGAUUAGCGAUGUUGCGAGAUCAAAGUUAACAGUUACAUCCAAUGAAUUAGAAGAGGAACGUGCAGAAGCAAAUAACGUGCUACAAAAGAAGUGACUAGAAUCACGAAGUUAUGAUUCUGAAAAACGCAUACCUCGAUCAGCGAAAUUGUAAAAAUUAAUAUUACAAUUUUUGCAUAAUAUAUAAUGUAGACCAUAGUCAUCUAAUGAUGCCUUUGAAAUGGCACAGAUAGGUCUAAUAUACAAUAUAUUAACGAUAUAUGUAUAUGUGUAGAUCAUAUGUUAUGUGGAAUCUAGCGAGAUGCGUAUCUUUUCUAAAUGGCGUGGGAAUUGUUAAAUACAUGCGUUUAUAUUCAUAUACUGUAUAAAACAUGUAACAAAAGUAUGUUGAAAAACAUGUUAUACUUUAUAACGUU